UAAUGGUUUAGCAAUUUUCCUUUCAUCAUUGUGGUUUGUUCGAUUCUCAGUUCUCACACCCACAUGAAAAAUCAAUUCAUUUUUUCCGGUUACACAGAUUCUCUAAGUUACCCCAAAUCCUUAUUCUCUAAUAAGCACCAUACAAUGAUCUUGUAUUUAGUUUCUCUCGACUUAUUUUCUAUUAUUCAGUUGUCAGGCUCAAUAUAUCUUAAUUUUACGCAUCACAACAAUUAAUUUUAACCCAAAUAAUUUACAACUCAAUACAUUCUCAUUCAACCAAAAGACAAUACAUAUAUCUCUUCCCAUAACCACCACACAUCCAUCUUUUGUCACAACAUAUUACAAAUUCUACUACUUCACAUGCCCAAUAUGAUAUAAGACCAUUCCAAGUGAAAAAGUUCAUAACAUAAACUAAAACAGUAAUACAUACUAAUCUAACAAUGGCAUCACAAAUACCUCAUAUUGUUUGUCUUCCUGCACCAGCACAAGGACACAUAAACCCAAUGAUAAAACUAGCAAAACUCAUUCAUUCUAAGGGCUUUUACAUAACCUUUGUUCUUACUGAGUUUGAUUUGGCUAGAGUCAUCGAGAACUCGGCCAUAAAAUCUUCCUUUUUUGAAGGCCUCCCUGACUUCAGAGUUGAAACUAUUCCUGAUGGCUUGCCAAUGGAUAACAAACACAGCUUGCAUGACCUCCCGGAGCUGUGCGAAAACUUGUUGGAUGGAGAAGCAAAGAAAGCAUUUAAAGAGGUUCUAGGAAGGCUGAAUGCCUCUCCUGAUAUUCCUCUCAUCACAUGUGUUAUUGCAGAUGGUGUAAUGUGCUUUGUACCUGAUGUUACCAUUGAGUUGGGCAUUCCAUUGUUGAAUUUUUACACUACAAGUGCUUGUGGCAUGCUAGCAUACAUGCAGUAUGAUGACCUUCUCAAGAGAGGUUAUUUCCCUUUGAAAGAUGAAAGCUACCUUACAAAUGGCUAUCUAGACACACCAACAGACUGGGUUCCAGGACUAAUCAAGGGGACAAAACUGAAGCAUUUUCCUACAUUCAUCCGAACUACGAACCCGAAUGACACAAUGUUCAACUACUUAGCAAAAGCUGCAAGAAAUUCUGUACUUGCAGAAGGAAUGAUUCUCAACACAUUUGAUGAUCUCGAAGCUGAAGGUUUGAAAGAAAUCAAGAACAAAGUACCAAAUCUCUUCACUAUUGGCCCUCUCACAUUGCUUUGCAAACAGCUGAAUGGACAAGAGAUUCUUCCUCAGAAAUUAAAUCUAUGGAAGGAAGACAGUACUUGUUUAGAAUGGUUGGACAAAAGAAGUCCAAAUUCAGUCAUUUAUGUUAACUAUGGAAGUUUAGCUAUCUUAACUCCUAAGCAACUAGAGGAGUUUGCAUGGGGAUUAGCAAAUAGUAAUCACCCCUUUUUAUGGAUUAUCCGAUCUGAUCUUGUUGAAGGGAAAUCAGAGAUUAUAACCCAAGAAUAUUUGGAAGAGAUCAAGGGAAGAGGGUUGAUUUCGAGUUGGUGCCCGCAAGAGAAGGUGCUUCAGCACCCUUCUGUUGCGGUGUUUUUGACUCAUUGUGGAUGGAACUCGACUUUAGAGUGUAUUAGUGAAGGGGUGCCUAUAAUUUGCUGGCCGUUUUUUGCGGAACAGCAAACAAAUUGCCUAUAUGCAUGUCAAGAAUGGAAGAUUGGAGUUGAGAUGGAAGAAGGUAAGGUUAGUAGAGAGGAAGUUGUAGAAUUAGUGAAAGAGAUAAUGGAAAGUGAGAAAGGGAAAGAAGUGAGGGAAAAUGCCAUGGAAUGGAAGAAGAAAGCAGAAAAGGCUAUAAAGAUUGGUGGUUCCUCUCACAAUAGUUUUGAAUUCUUAGUCAAUUACUUAAAGGGAAAUAAUACAAAUUUUUAAGGUAUUCGGAGAACACUCAAAAGAGUUUAAAGAGUGCUUCAAAGUUGUAUUUUCUUUGUUGCUUUUAGUUUUUCUGAUUGAGUAUAAAAGAUAAUUAUAGUAUUUUGGUUAAUGUGAAUUAGAAAAUAACCUCUAAUUCUUGUUAUAUUUACAUCUUGUAUGGAAAAUAAACUAUUGUGUAAUUUUAUUCAGAAUUGAUGUGAUUCAGUUUGCUUUC